AUGGCAUGCCCCGCGGCACCACACCCCCAGCGCGCCCUAUUUUACCAUGCCACCCCCCCGCGCGCCCCAUGCUGCCUAUCCACAUGGUGCAGGCACGGCCCUAAUGCCCCGAGCAUCCCAAGCCACGGGCGCCCAGGCGUGCUCCAUGCCCCAUCACCCCCCUGCGCCCCGAGACCCCCAGGCCGCACCCUUGGGCUCCUCGUGUCCCCCUUCGCGCGUCCAGAGCGCCCUGUCUUACGUCAGCGUGCCCCACAUACCCCGCAGCAAACGCGGCCCCCGUGCCCACCCAAGCUUCCCCCCCGCAAGCCCCGUGCUCCUAGCCGCCCCCCGCAUGCCCAGCACCCCCAACCCCAUGUGCCCCUGCGCACCCAGUGCACCCCAAACCCUGUGCACCCCGCAGCGUGCUCUGCACCUCCCAACGACCCGCCCCGGCGCAUUCCACCCCCUCCACCCCGCAUGCCCCUCGUGACCCCGCUGCACGCAGCCCACUUGCCCCCACACGUCCCGAGCGCACCCCUGCGUGCCCAAGCUGCCACACGCUCCCCACGACCCACCCCCGCGCCCCCCAACACCCCGCCCCAUCUGCGCCUCCGGCGCCCCAUCUUGCCUCAACUUGCCCCACCCAUCCUCCACACCCCGCACCCUCCACGUGAUCCCCCCAACCCCCUCUGCAUGCCCCGCACCCCCACGCAUCCAGAGCACCCCGCACCAAGAGCCACGCAAGUCCACAAUGAGUCACUAGCGCCAGCGCAAAUACAUCCUCUACCUGUACAUUGCCACACAUCCCCCACUCCCCUGAGGCGGGAGAUCACAGACUGUGUACAGACCCCAGUGUACCCACCAGAGUCAGGGCUUUAA